UGCCCGAUCGAACAACCUUGCGGUAGUGGCGGUAACAGGAACAGCAGCAAAAGCGAGUCGAGAUAACGGUCGGCGAUUACGGUCGCACUAUUUGCUCGGUCCUCUUCAGGAGUGCAUCCAGUUAUCGACCGCUUCGCGGAGCAGAUCGGAGUCUCGGUUUGUUGUAUAUAUAACGGCGGUGGCUUCUCAACGGCCAGCAGACUGCGGGUGCCUGACAGCUCGAUCGGGAAUCUCGUUUCUCUCUUAUCUGGGCAGCCCUGUCUCUCUCGCUGGAAGCCGCCAUGAACCAAGGUGGCGGCGACGUUCGCGACGCGAUGCUCCGCUACUGGGAGCACUUCGAUCCGAGCCUCGAGAGCAUGAUGCUGGACGCCCGUGCGCAGCUGCUCAACGUAGAGGAAAGCGCCGAGAUCCUGUCGCACCUGCCCGACAUCUCGGGAAAGGACGUGCUCGAGCUGGGCUCCGGAAUCGGUCGCUUCACAGGCAAGUUGGCCGCCCAGGCACGUCACGUGACGGCCGUAGACUUCAUACCUGCGUACGUGGAGUCGAACCGCCAGAGGAACGGGCACCUAGACAAUGUCUCGUUCGUCCAGCUUGACGUCAUGAAACUUGACCUACCGGCUCAGAGUUUCGACGUGGUGUUCAGCAACUGGCUCUACAUGUACCUGAGCGACGAGGAAUGCUUGCGACUGCUCGAGAAAGAGAUCUCCUGGCUCAGGGAUGGCGGUCUGCUCUUCCUCAGGGAAUCUUGCUUUAAACCAUCCGGUGACGUGAAGCGGACAACCAAUCCCACUUUCUACAGGAGGCUGUCCGACUACUACAACAUGAUCAAGAAGGUCCCCAAUGCAGUCGGCAAUCCGAUUGAGUGCUUCGUCGUGGAGAAGGUGGCCAAUGUUAAGGCGUACAUCAAGCACAAGCAGAACCCGUGUCAGGUGUGCUUCCUGGCCAAGAAGAUGCGCACCGACGCCGUGAAGGACUUCCACAGCUUCCAGGAGUUCCUGGACCAGCGGCAGUACUCGCGCAACGGAGUGCGCCUCUACGAGUGGAUUUUCGGGAACACCUUCGUCAGCACGGGCGGACUAUCCACCACUGAGUGGGGCGUGAAGAAGGCCGGUGUCAAGGAUGGCGACCGCAUCUUGGACGUCGGCUGCGGCGUCGGAGGCCACGACUUCUACAUGGCCGAGAAGUACGACGUGCGGAUCGUGGCAGUGGACCUUUCCGUCAACAUGAUGUCUAUAGCGCUCGAACACUUCGCCCAGAGGCCCCACCUCGCAGACAAGAGGCACCUCUCAAGAACGCACAGUGACCUCGUCAAAAUCCAGUUCAAGAUGUCCGACGUCACGAAAGCGGAGUUCCCCGAAGCCAGCUUCGACCUCAUCUACAGCAGAGACGCCCUUCUCCACAUCGCCGACAAGGACACGCUUUUUGCGCUCUUCCACAAAUGGCUGGCACCAGGAGGUAGGAUAUUCUUCACGGACUACUGCCGUGGGGACAAGGAAGACUACUCUGAAGAAUUCAAGACAUACGUGGCCCAGCGGCAAUACAACCUUCUCACCGUAUCCGAAUACGGAAAGCUCCUUGAAAAGGCGGGCUUCGUGAACGUUCAGGCCGAGGACAUCAGCCAAGAGACCGUCGGGAACCUCCGACGGGAGCUGGAAAAGCUCGAGGGCAGCAAGGACGAGUUCCUCAAGGAAUUCUCGGCCGACGACUUCAACUACUUGAAGCAGGGUUGGGAGGCAAAGAUCAAGCGUGGUGCCGACGGAGAUCAGGUGUGGUGUGCCUGCUACGCUGAGAAGAGCAAGGAGUAACAGCUGCCUCUCUGAAGAGCGAGAGAAUCACGUGGCCUCCCGCUUCUGACGAGAGUCUCGUUCAGAAUAACAGUCUUCUUCAUUUGAGGAAUCUCUGUCGGAACGUCGAUCUCUCACAGUUAAGAGAACACAAAAGGAAAUUCUUCUUGAGGCACCCGCCUAAUGUAAUAUUUACCGACCCACCUCCGAGCUCAGCCAUCAAGUCACCACAGUUACUGAACUAUAGUGGCAGUAAGGCGCCCUUGCACAUUGUCAAUGCCAGCUUUUAGAGUCGAGAUUAACGCCACAGUGAAGCCGCAACUAACUGCUUCGCACGCAUGGUGCGAAGUGCGCAAGGUGCGCAAGUUAUUGUAAUAAACUUAUAUUUCCGAGUCA